AUGCAACGACCAGCUGUCGCUCAUGUGGCCCGGUAUGGCGGCCUCGUCUUGGCUGAACUACCUCCUCCAUAUCUUGCACCCUCCCUCCUCUCGAUGAAUCAGCCCCAAUCCUCAAGCUUCUCGACAACCGCCGUCGCGGCUGGCCGAUCGGGGGGUCGAGGACGCGACAUGAGCAAGAACCGCGGUGUAUCUGCCAUUCAUCGCACCGGCCCCAAGUUCAAGUUGACUGCUGCCAAAUACCCAUUGCCUAAACCGGUGCCGCGCGACCAAUUGCCAGAGCCCGCCAAGACACCCAAGCACGGCCUUUGGGGGUUUUUUCCCAAGAGCCGUGAGACAUUGAGUACCCCGGAAAGCGACGGAGAGCAUGGCCGGCCGUGGGCCAUCCCAGAACUCCGUGAGAAGAGCUGGGAAGAUCUUCAUCGCCUGUGGUGGGUUUGCGUCAAGGAGCGCAACCGCAUUGCCACUUCGAAUUACGAGAGGGCUCGUUUGAUGGCUGGAUAUGGAGAUCACGAGGCUGAUGUUCGCGACAAAGCGGUGUUGACCACUAUGCGAGCUAUCAAACAUGUGCUCCGCGAGCGCUGGUACGCCUGGGAAGAGGCAAAACGCCUAUACGAAAAGGGUGUCCGUCCCGACGCUGAGGUUUUCGAGGAGUAG